UCUGUACCAGUUAUUCUUUUUCUUCAGAAAAGUUGAUAAAAAUAAAGUUAUAACUCUUUGUAUUCUAUAAAAGGACAUUAGCGAUAGGGAGUUUUAACUAUACAUUCACCUUGCUACUGUAUGGUACAUGGAAGAUGUAUAGGUCAUGUUAAGUUAAUGAGGCUAAUUAACUCUAUUGUCUCCUCUGAUGGAAUUUAGAUAAAGGAAACACGUUUUCCCAUUCAGGAGCUCACCUACUAAGAUAAAUGCCGGUUGUGUCAAAAACAGGUCAAGAUAGAAAAAUCACUACACAUUUUUUUUUGAGGCGGAGGGGUCGCUAAAUUGCACAUACACAAUUUCAAUUUCAAAGUGACAUAAAUUUCAUAGGAUUAAAAUACCCUGUUUCGAAAUGGUUCAGACAACAAGAUCAACAUUGCAGAAUAAACCAAAACAAAACUGCCUGCUUUAGACAAAUGACUGGACAUCAUUGGCAUCAACAAAGUUUUUAACCAAACUGUGACGUUUUAACUGUACAAACCCUUCGUGUUUUUUCGCGUCAUAUGAUACCCUAUUAAAGAAUACAAGAACCCAUCUACGUGAUACUAUGUAUUUUAACUGGGACAAGUGUUAUCGUAUAGCUCUGUGGUGGUAACAUUCCUUCUCUUUAACAUUCACGGCAUAAUUUAGAAUGACGUAUACGAUGUGGGAGAGCACCAGGAGAGCAGUAUGGCUUUUCUUUUGUUUCCAAUCAUUAUUAGAUCACAUGGAUCGAAAAUUACUUUCUUUUUGUUUAAAAGCAAUUAUGAUAGAUCACCUGGAGCGAAAGUAGUGUUAAGUUUACCAGACAGUAAAUAUAACACGUGAUGUUUUAGUAUAAAUAUGCCAAUCUUACUUGACUUAAACAUUAUAGUGAAAUACACUUCUGUACUAAAGUACUGGAACUGGAUUGAGAUAUACGAAAGCAUCAUGGUUCACACGACAGAAGUAGACGUUACCGUAUGUCAAUCAAAUGCUAUCGACAGAUGUCUAGAUGGAAUAGACAUUAAUAACAGUUGUCGACAGGUGUACCUGCGGAGGAUGGAAUCCAUCGAAGAAUGUAAAAGGUCAACGAAGACUGAUACUAAAAAGGCAACAUCAACCAUAGAUGCCGCUCUGAUGAAACUAAGGACCGAAAUGGUGGAUCUUAUGGACCAGGAUGCAGGACUUAUGCGACAAAUGUUAAUCCUGAAUGAGAAAGUUGAAGAACUCAAGGCCAACAAUAUCUGUCAGAUGAGCAAGGAAUCUUUGGAUAGCCGAGAAAGUCUGUACGAAGUUGACGAAAAUGCACAUAAACUCUUUACACAAAGCAAGGACAGUCUUUACUUCUCGGACGAGCAGACGGACGAAUCCCUGUUUGACAGCAAUGAAAGUCUCUACAACAUGAAGAAACAGACAAGCGAACUCGUAGGGAACAGCGUUGAUAGCCUAUAUCAGUCUGAUGAAUUUUCAUCUGAUGAAGAGAACGUUAUUGGUGAUAUUAAAAAGUCUGUGAGGAAGACGGAUUUAUUGCCUGACAUUGUAUCAUAUGAUUUUUUGUUUGAAAAAUUGCUUGACUUUGACGACAAAAUAUGACGACAUGCUAUGCAACUUAGGACACAGCUACCCCAGCUGUUAUAAUCCAAUCCGAUGACUCCAUUAUCGGUUUAACUGAUAAUUAAGGACAACAUAGACGAUCCAUGGCGAUGUCAGCAAUGAAAUAACAAACAGGGGUUAUUUCUCUUAGAGAGGACGAAAACAGGACAAUGGUGGACUGAAUGUAACAGAAUGCAUGGAGAUGGCAUCACAUGUCCGUGAAUGAGUAUCAGUGCUCUCUAGGGAAUCGCCAUGACGUUAAAAGGAACGAGAUUCCCUGCAAAAGACGAGUUGGACGCAAAAUAAGAACUAAAAUCAAACGAAUUCCUGAACUAUUCGAUUACUAUUGGAUGUUGUUUACGAGCUUUGUGCCUAGAUCAGUCGGUUUUGUAUGCAACUUCUCAAUAUUCCUAGAGCGUGUUUACGUGGAAUUACGCUGAUAAAGACGACUCAAUGUAUUCAUGAUGUUUAGACUGUUUACGGUUUAUCGAAUCACUGUUAGUAUGAACUGCAAUGGGAUGCAUAUCACUUUCUAUCAACUAUGGAAGCAGAAACAUUCUAUUUCGUAAUUUCUAUUUUAUCAUAUAUUGU